AUGGACAAAACCGAGAGCAAGGAAUGGAAGAAGAAAUUGGGGUUUCCAGUAAAUUACGAUUCCGGACAAAGCUCUGAUGACGAUUCCGACAUCAACGACGUGGAGAUGAGACACUCUCGCCACUCUUCCAAGUAUUUAUUGGCGGAAGAUGGUGACGGUUCGGAGGCUGAUAUGCUGGGUACCACGCCGCCUCGCGCUCGUAACAGGGAUAAGGAGAAAAGAAGAAACAUGUACAUGUCCAGUCUGAACACGCAAAGGAUUUCGCUGUCAGAAGGCAAGAAGAUGGACGUAACGGAUUUCCCAUCUCCACCAGAGCGACUAAAGAGGCGUGCAAACUUGAAGCUGACCAGGUCUAAGGAGCGCGACUGGAAAGAUGACCAGAGGGAAUCUAGGGCGGACUCGCUGCCGUCGCCACAUCCACAGCCUGCUGUUCCUACCUUGGUGGAAUCAUGCAGUCGUUUCAUGUCGCUAACCUCUCGUCUCAAAUGUCGGGAAAGUCAACAGGACGAAGUACAAGAGAGGUGUACAGAUGAAGAAAUCCCCGCGAGUAGAGUGAACUUCCACAAUACAUUUAGUAUGCUUAUCAAUAUGGGGAAUAUAGAGAAGGGAUGUAGACGCACCGUAAGUAUAGCUAUAAGCCGCGAGGAGCAAGUGUGGCAGAACGAGCUGAAAGACCUGAUCUGGUUGGAGAUCAAGGCGAAGCUGGGCGGGCGCAGCCUCGGCCAGCAGGACGCGCUGCUGUGCGCGCGCCGCGGCGUCGUGCCGCUGGUCGUGCGCCGCAUCGAGGAGUACAAAUUUGUAAACCCAUACCCGUGUCGAAAUAAAUCACAGAACCUCACCACUAUGGAGGGCUCGCAAGAGGAUUUAACUUCAGACCAGUCUGAGGAGCCCGCGGAUGAAGAUAGUGAAUUGUCGGAGGGCGGGUGCGUGUCGGUGGACUGCGCGCGCUGCAGCGCGGCGGUGGGCGCGGCCAUGCGGCAGCUGCGCGCUCUGCUGGACGCGCACGCCGACGCCGUGGCGCUCUACCCCUCCUCCAGCGCCGCCGCCGCCGACCACCCCGCGCUGCGCGCGCCGCACAUCGUCAACAGGCUCAAGGCGAUGUGCCUGUGGUACAACACGGCGCUGCACAUGCGGCUCAAGGUGAUGUCGGUGCGCCGCAUGCUGCGCACGGCGCGCGGCAAGCGCGGCGCGCCCGCGCCGCCCGCCGCGCCCGCCGCGCCCGCCGCGCCCGACAGUAAUAGCACGUGUGCGAACCAAAGGGAGAGUCAAGUCCGUUUCAAUAUUAGCAACAACACUAGCGACUCAAACAACAGUGAGUCCAGCGCUCAGUCGGAGAGGUCUGACACCAAGGAGUCGGGCUCUGAGGAGCAGAAUCAUGUACUCGGUCAGGGAGACCAGGAUAGAGUGGCCGAGGAUAAACAGGGAGACGUCACGGAUAGUGGACAUGAUAAGGGUGAGUGGUCGGGGCAGACGACGCCGGAGACGUACAGCACGGCGGACACGGCGGACACCACGGACACGGCGGACACGGCGGACACCAGCGCGUCCGCCGAGAGCGGCUACGGCAGCGACGAGCGCGGUGACGACGUGUUCCAGCUGGGCGCGCUGCGCGACGUGGCGCAGCUGCGCCUGCUGGGCCGCGCCGACGUGUCGGCCUAUAGGUACUACCAUUACGAAAUGCUCAAGACCCAGGGCGUGCGACGCUGCAUGAUGUUCAUGGAAAAACUUUGCCAUAAACUGUUGAACAAAGUUUACCUCACCCUGCUGGAGCCUCCUAAUGAUGAGUUUGGGGAGGAGGAAUAUUUGCCAGAGGUGUUCGAAGAUACCAAAGACAAUAAGACUGAUCUACUGAAUGAGGAUGCUAAGAGACAAGAGGCAUAUGAAUACAGAAGAUACGGAUGCCUGUCGGCGGAGUGCCGCAGCAUGGCGCUGCCGUCGUACCGCGCGCACUUCCUGCUGCUGGCCAGCAUCUGCAUGGAGGCCGUGCAUGACUAUCUGGCGCUGCGCAUGGAGGGCACGCCCGAAAACCCCUCCUGUCUCACCAUCAAACAGCUGAUACAUGAACUCAAAGAGGGCAUAGAGAUCGCGGCGGAGAUGCGCGCGUCGUUCUCGCGGCACGCGGCGGCGGCGCUGCGCGGCGCGCCGCGUGCCCCGCAACUGCGCGCGCUGCUCGACACCUACGAUGCCACCGUCGCCACCGCGCUGCAGAAGUACCUGAGCUACCUGAAGAUAAUGUCAGAGAAGGAGUCGCUGUCGCGCGCGCAGCUCAGCGGCGAGUGGGCCUUCACGCAGCGGCUGUGGGCGCGCGCGCUGCCCGCCGCCGCGCUCGCGCCGCCCGCCUUCGCUGACAUGGCAUGUAAUCAACUGAACAGGAUACUAAAAAGAUUCGAGGAGAAAUUCGAGCAGGUUAUGGAGUUAGAAGCUGGUGAUCAUUCAGAAUACGAUGAUGAGAGGCACACGGUGUACGCGCUGUGCCGUGAGACGCAGUGCAUCUACGCGAGCGAGCGCGAGGCGGCGCUGCAGGCGGCGCACUGGGCGCGCCACCUCGUCGCGCGCCUGGCGCCCGCGCACCGCCCGCACGCCGCGCGCAUCUUCAACAGUCUAAUGGCAAUGAGAGACACGCUGGUAAAGCAAACGUCCGUCAUACUGGAGCGGAGCCGGCCGUUGGCGCUGCCCUCGCAGGACCUGCCCAAGGACAUACGGGAUAGUCUCGGCGCCAGAGUGCGGGAGUUGCUGCUGCAAGUGUACAAACUUGGCUUUGAGCUGCACAUGGAGCUGCACAAGUCGGCGCAGACGCGGCCCCGCGCCGCGCGCGCGCGCCCCGCCUCGCUGCAGGCGCCGCGCGCCGCCGCCCCGCGCGCCGCGCGCCGCCCCGACACCAUCGUCGUGCACGCGCAUAACCCGAUCCACAAAGAGUUACAUAGAUUCGUAAACGAUUCUCCCCAAAGCAAAUCUCCUCGGUCCCUCAUGGCGGGGUCGCCGCGUAGGAUGAAGUUCCUGAGAUCGGAGAGUAUAGGCGAAGACGUUCUCGAUUACACUUACAGUGUUACAGCGGCACCGACCAAGCCGGACGCCCCCGCGGCGGAGGCGGAGGGCGCGGAGUGGGCGGCGCGCGUGGCGCGCGCGGUCAUCGAGUUCGCCAAGUGUUGGAUGCACUUCGUGGUGGAGCGCUGCGACCGCGGCCGCGGCCUGCGCCCCAGAUGGGCAAGUCAAGGUUUGGAGUUCCUGAUGCUGGCCUGCGAUCCGUGCAAUACUAAACAUUUAAGUGAUGAGGAAUUUGAAGAGCUGAAGCAGCUGAUGGACGGAUGCAUCUCGCACGUGAUCGGGUCACGCGGCGCGCCGCCCGCGCCCGCGCCGCCGCACCGCCAGCGCGCCAAGAUACAUAGUCCGCUGUCGAGCACGAGCAGCGUGAACAGCCGCGAUGGCAACCCGCCCACGCCGCCCGCCGAGCCCGCCGCCCCCACCGCCCCCACCGCCCCCACCGCGCACAAGUUUGAAGAUACCGCUCGCAAUAAACGCGUAUUAGAAGCAGUACGUCAGCUUGAUGAGGCUCGAGAUGAAAAAUUACAAAAUUCUAAGAUGGUCGGCAAGGUUUUGGAGUCUGCCACCAGGUUUUACGAACCGAAACUACGGCAGGUGACCUUCAAAUGGCAGAGAGGGUUGAAGAUCGGCGCGGGGACUUUCGGAAAGGUGUACACGAUCGUGAACACGGAGAGCGGGCAGCUGCUGGCCAUGAAGGAGCUGGGCGUGGGCGCGGGCGACCGCCGCGCGCUGCAGCGCGCCGCCAACGAGCUGCGCGUGCUGGAGGGCGUGCUGCACCCGCACCUCGUGCGCUACUACGGCUGCGAGAUGCACCGCGAGGAGAUGUUGCUGUUCAUGGAGCUGUGCGUGGAGGGGUCGCUGGAGGCGCUGCUGGCCACGGCGGGCGCGCUGCAGGAGCCCGCCGUGCGCCGCUACACGCUGCAGCUGCUCAGCGCCGUGGCCGAGCUGCACGCGCGCGCCAUCGCGCACCGCGACAUCAAGAGCGGCAACAUCUUCCUCACGAACGAGGGCCACUGCCUGAAGCUGGGCGACUUCGGCUGCGCCGUCAAGAUACGCGCCAACACCACGGCGCCCGGCGAGCUGCAGGGCUACGUCGGCACGCAGGCUUACAUGGCGCCGGAGGUGUUCAUGAAGUCGUCGGGGCACGGCCGCGCCGCCGACAUCUGGUCGCUGGGCUGCGUCGUCACUGAGAUGGCCUCGGGGAAGCGUCCGUUCUCGGAGUACGACAGCAACUACCAGAUAAUGUUCGUGGUGGGCAUGGGCGGGCGGCCCGCCGUGCCCGCCGCGCUGUCGGACGAGGGCCGCCAGUUCUGCCUCAGCUGCCUCACACACGACCCCGACGCGCGCCCGCGCGCCGAAGCGCUGCGUCUGCACCACUUCCUCAUGGUCAAAUCAGAUGAUGACUGCAAGUGUGAAACAGCGUACCUAAUGUCAUCGAAUCAACAAAAUAUGGCU